AGAGUGGGGCUCAGUGUGACCAGGCAGAGGCCAGUGUUGCAGGCAGACAGGCAGGCAGUGGGAGAGUGUUUGCUGGCAGAGACGUGCCUGGGGUGGAUAAACCAUGCUCACUAAGUGGGAGAAAGACUCUGCCCAGGACACAAGAUGAAGGCGGAGAGGAAGACCUCCUCUAAAUGCAACAGUUUUGCUGACAUUCCUCCUCUACUGACGCUCUUUGGCCUCCUCCUCCUCCUUCUGUUCACAGGUGAGGUGUCAGGAGUGAACGUGACCAGCCAAACACAGCUGGUACGGGGCACGGUGGGCAGAGAGGCCCUUUUGUCAGUCAGCUACUCCAGCAGCAGCUCAGACAAGCCUGUUAUCAAGUGGCAGAUCAAGAGGGACAGGGAGAAGCCGAUCACUGUGGUGCAGUCCAUAGGAACAGACAUCAUUGGGAACCUGAGGCCAGAGUAUCGCAACCGUAUCCUGGUGUUUGAGAACGGGUCUCUGCUGCUUCAUAACCUGCAGCUAUCAGAUGAAGGGGCGUACGAGGUGGAGAUCUCCAUCACAGAUGAUACCUUCACUGGAGAGCACUACAUCGAGCUUACUGUGGAUGUUUCUGUAUCAAAACCUUACAUCCAGAUGAUGGCCUCAUCUGUCCUGGAGUACAGCGAGUACUUUAACCUCCACUGCUCCCACGAUAACGGCACAAAGCCUGUCUACGGUUGGCUCAAAGGAGGAAAGGUGCUGACCAAUGACACGCGCCUGCUGCUUUCACAUGACCAAAAGGUGCUGACCAUAGCCCGGGUUCUGAUGUCAGAUGAUGAUGUCUACACCUGCACUGUGGAGAACCCCAUCAGCAGCAUGAAGAGCUUACCUGUCAAGCUCACUGUCUACAGACGGAGCUCGCUAUACAUCAUCCUGUCCACCGGCGGCAUUUUCCUCCUAAUCACCCUGGUGACGGUGUGCGCCUGUUGGAAACCGUCCAAAAAGAAGCAUCGACCUGUCCCCCAAAGAGCUCCAGUCUAUGUGGAGCAGAGUGAAAAUGGCCAUGAUGUUGAUGUUGUUCCCAAACCAUCCACACUCAGCAGGAGGAGCCCCAUGCCUCUUUAUGUUCUCAAUGAAGACGAGACUUUGGAGCGUCUGGAGGAAUGUUCUGGCAAUGCUGUCAGCCAAUCAGAAAUGAGUAUCCCUGCCACCUACGCUCCCGUCCUUCCCCCACCCUCCAACAGAACUGACCGGCCUGUUUGGUCUGCCCCACGCAGAUACCCCCGCAGCUCCUCUCCUUUGGCACAACCUCUCCCACAGCCUAUUCCAGGCCCUCCUCUACGCCCCGCUCGCUCCCCCGGCCAGUCCCCCUGUUCAUCCCCACGCAGUUACAGCCCCAUAAGAAAAGUCCGCCCUCCAGUAGGCAUCCCGGCGAGCCACCUGCCUGUAGAGGCAGAGUGUCCAGACGACAGUGAUCAGACUCAGAGUCCAUCACAGCAGUAACAGCUGCUUGGAUGUAUGUUUUUAUUCUGUGAAAUGUAAAGCACAUGUAUAGUUUGUUGGUAUUUUGUUGCAUCCUGCCACAGAGAUAAUGGAUUUGAUGCACUAGAAUUAAAGAUGGGUUCCCUUUCAGCUAACUCUUUGUCUUUAUAUUUCAUUAUUUAUCAUCUCUCUACAGCUAUGCACAUUUCCAUUCUCUUUUGAUGACACUUUAUCACGUUAAAUGUAAAAUUAUU